AUGUCUGGUCAAGGUAACGCUCAGAGUUGGACUGAACACGAAGUUCUCGUCUACCUCCUCAGCGUCAUUGAGGCUGGCAAUGUGCAACUCGACUACAAUAAUGCUCCUGUACCUGCUGGCCGCAACGUGAACGGAUGUCGUCAGAAGAUCAACAAGACCAAGCUCGCGCUGAAGCCAGAGAUUGAUGCACUCAAGGCCGGAUCACCCAUUGCUGCCGCUGUCACUACCCCUGCUGGUGGAACUCCGACCAAGAAGGCUGCUACACCACUCAAACGCAAGCCGAAGACUGAUGAUGAGGGCAACACUGGUGAGGUUACUCCCAAGAAGGGUCGCGGUCGCCCCAAGAAGAACAAGGAGCCUACUCCUGAGGCUGAAGAGGAUCAGGAGGAUCUAGGUAUCAAGUCAGAGUUUGGAGAAGACGAGGUGGACGACAUCCUGAAGGAGGCCGAGCUGAUCUGA